UGAUUUAGUUGGUCGUAAAUUCGCGAGUCGUAACCAUCCCAAUCGCUUGAGGUCCUAUCGCACACGAGCGGCUGCAUCGCCACCGGCCAGAUCUGUUCGUCUUCGAGAUAGGCAACAGCAGAAACGGCUCAGGUCAGCCAGUCCUCCGCCUCCCACUGCUAGCUCCGACGCCAUGUCUGCUCCUGCAGUCGAAGGCGCCGCAGCGACGGCCCUCCGCUCCGUGCUGUCUCGAGUCCAGCGGGCGGCGGAGCGCUCCGGUCGAUCGCCCGAUCAGGUUCGGGUGGUGGCGGUCAGCAAGACGAAGCCUGUCUCCCUUAUUCGCCAAGUCUAUGACGCCGGACACCGCUGCUUCGGUGAGAACUAUGUUCAAGAGAUCGUGGAGAAGGCUCCUCAGCUUCCAUCAGACAUUGAGUGGCAUUUCAUUGGGAACUUGCAGAGCAACAAAGUGAAAACACUUCUUGCUGGCGUCCCAAACCUUGACAUGUUUGAGAGUGUAGACGAUGAGAAGAUAGCUAAUCAUCUUGAUCGGAUGGUUGCUAACCUGGGAAGGAAGCCACUCAAGGUCCUCGUGCAAGUGAAUACUAGCGGAGAAGAAUCAAAAUAUGGUGUCAAUCCUUCAGGUUGUCUCCAGCUCGUAAAACAUGUGAAAUUUGGAUGCCCAAACCUUAUUUUCUCUGGGCUAAUGACGAUCGGGAUGCUCGACUACACCUCCACUCCAGAAAACUUCAGGACACUUUCAGAUUGCAGGUCUGAGGUUUGCAGAGAACUUGGAAUUCCAGAAGACCAGUGCGAGCUGUCCAUGGGAAUGUCAGCAGACUUUGAGCAAGCUAUUGAGAUGGGAAGCACUAACAUUCGAGUUGGAUCAACAAUAUUUGGAGCAAGAGAAUACCCAAAGAAGGAUAAGUAACAGUUGAUCAACAUAAGAAGUCAUGUUUAAUCAAAAUAAUAUACAUGUUUAGACAUGGUAAAACAUUUAUACGACGAGCUCAUGUGGUUCUAAUGUCUUCAUGAGAGUAUUUAGUUUACUAUUAUUUUUUUUUUUUGGAUUCUUUUCUAUCCUAAAUUGCAAAUCCAGUAGUUAUAUUAAAUUAUCAUAAA